AUGUCUUUCACAAACCUAUCCAUGUUGGUCUUUGGACCUCAGGCAUCAACUCCGUCCUCGGAAACAUUAUCUCAACUUCAAUCCUUACUGAAAUCCGACUCUCAAGCGCCAUUAAAGCCCAUUAGGAAUGCUGUCAGGGAUAUCGCCACUGUUUGGCCAGCUCUGGCGGCAUCUGACCUACAACUUAAUGGUCUCUCGGGAGCCCAAUACACUCAGCAACUUCUUAGUCUCAUUACCUCCCAAGAAGCAGAGACAGAAGUCCAGAUCGACAAGCUGCCAAGCACCGUGAUGACGCCUUUGACGGUACUGUUGCAUUUAACCCAGUACCUCUUGUAUGUCGAUGCAAGAUCCUCGAAUGGCAUAUCGUCUCACGCUCAAAUCCUCGACCAGGUACGACCAAAGGGAGGUAUUCAAGGUUUUUGUACCGGCCUUUUAAGUGCUGUUGCAGUUGGCGCCAGCCGCGAUGAAGAAGCUCUGGCCCAAUGGAUUGGAACAGCUUUGAAGUUGGCUGUAGCCAUUGGUGUCUGUGUUGAUGCAGACGCCCUUACUCAAUCUUCUGCUGAGACUGGAUGCAUGGUUGCGAAGUGGUCAAGUGAGGAGGAAAGAACGCAGCUUCUUGAGACUAUUGAGCAGACUCCAGGCGCCUACAUCUCAGUGUACCCUGACGGCAAUGCCGCCACCAUCACAGCACCUCUUGCUUCGAUGGCUACCUUAAGGCAGGCCGUUCAAGCUCAGAAGCUUGUGAGCAUUUCAGUCGAUAUGCGAGGUCGAUUCCAUACCACGGAUCACCAGAAUAUUGCAGAGAAACUAAAGGAAUUUUGCGCGACAGUUCCUGGACUGCAGUUCCCACGUGUGCAGGAACUCUUAGUGCCAAUUCUCGGAAAUGACGGACGGACAUUUUCACCAACAUCAUUUCUCCACGACGUCGUCAUCGAUGCAAUGCUGGUCCAGACAAGCAAUUGGCAUAUGACUAUCUCCACUGCUGCCGCCAAUUCCAGUAUGGCAUCAAGCCGUCAACCACCUCUUUUUAUUCAAUUUGGCAACGUUGAUUGUAUUCCUUCUUCUGUGCUGCGGGCCUUUCCUAAUACCACUCUACUGAGGAUGCCAAAGUCUCUGGCAGAGAUCCGAGACGUAACCCUGGGAGCAAGAAUUAAUGGUCAGCCUUCGCUGCCACACAAUGGCGUGGCCAUUGUGGGUAUGGGUGGUCGGUUCCCUGGUGCAGACGACUUGGACGAUUUUUGGAAGCUCCUUUGUGAUGGAUCAUCUCAGUGCAAACAAAUGCCAGAGGAGCGCUUCCUUCGAAACAAUCUUCGACGCUCGCCGGAUAACAAGCUUCCAUUUUGGGGAAACUUUGUCGAAGAUAUUGACUGUUUUGAUCAUCGUUUCUUCAAGAAAUCUUCCCGUGAGGCAGCUACCAUGGAUCCUCAGCAACGUUUACUCCUCGAAGUGGCCUACGAGGCGCUUGAAUCUGCAGAAUAUUUUUCACAGUCCCGCGAUGUGCCGCAGGAUAUCGGCUGCUAUGUCGGAGUAUGUGCAUCUGACUACAAUGACAAUGUAGCGGCCCACGCCCCGAAUGCCUUCUCCAGCUUGGGAACUCUGCGUGCCUUUCUGACGGGUAAAAUCAGCCACUUCUUUGGAUGGACAGGGCCCUCAAUCACAUAUGAUACUGCUUGCUCUUCGUCCGCUGUAGCUAUCCACGCUGCUUGCAAGGCUAUUCAAACAGGCGAGUGUUCGAUGGCACUGGCGGGUGGUGCUAGUCUCUACACCAGCCCUUUCUUCUAUCAAAACCUGGCAGGGGCCUCAUUCCUGAGCCCCACUGGUCCUACAAAGCCUUUCGAUGCGAAGGGGGAUGGCUACUGUCGUGGCGAAGGCGUGGCACUGGUGAUGUUGAAGUCUCUUGCAGCUGCACAGGCCGAUGGAGACCGUAUCCUGGGAGUCAUUGGCGCUACCGCUGUCAACCAAAACAUCAAUACCACUUCCAUCACAGUGCCCCAUGCCGAGUCUCAGGUCAGCCUCUAUGAGAAAGUUGCAUUUGACGCUGGAAUUCAUCCCCACGAUGUCUCUUAUGUGGAAGCGCAUGGAACGGGCACACCCGUUGGAGACCCCAUCGAGCUGUCCAGUAUUCGCAAGGUCUUUGGUGGAGCCAUGCGGAAAACCCCGGUGCAUGUGGCUUCCAUAAAGGGUAAUAUUGGACAUUUGGAGGGUGCAUCUGGCGCGGCAUCACUGAUCAAGACCGUGUUGAUGAUGCGCCACCAGACGAUUCCUGUGCAAGCCAAUCAUUCUCAACUGAACCCCAAGAUUCCAGCACUAGAACCAGACAAUCUCACCAUUCCCAGAUCAACAAAGCUAUGGAAGGCACCCGUGCGCAUUGCCUGUAUCAACAACUACGGAGCCGCCGGAAGUAACGCAGCCAUGAUUGUGCACGCGCCGAGUCCGAUCAAAACCGCCGAUACAGUAUGCGCGCUACCAAAAUACCCCAUCCGCCUUGCAGCCAACUCUGCGACUAGUAUGACAGCGUACUGUCAAUCUUUGCUGAAAUAUAUCCAGAAAUGGCGCCGUGAGUACAGCGACAGUGAAAUCUUGGCCAGCGUUUCCUUCCACUUGUCACAUCAACAAAAUAAAUCGUUGCCGUUCAAAACUACCACAACCGUGGGUUCUAUGUCAGAAUUGACAGGGCUAUUGGGUAGUCCGCCAUUGCAGCAGUUGUCUGCUGUUUCGCGAAACCCUAUCCUGGUUUUCGGUGGUCAGACCAGCACGCAAGUUGGACUGAGUCGAUCACUCUUUGACGCCUCUCUGCCAUUGCGACGACACUUGGAUGCAUGUGAUGAAAUACUCAAAUCGAUGAGUCUUGCUAGUAUAUACCCCGCCAUAUUCCAGACUGAGCCUGUUGAGGAUUUGGUUUUGCUUCACUCAAUGUUCUUUGCGAUCCAGUAUGCCAGCGCCAAGGCCUGGAUGGGUAGCAACGUUAUCCCUGCUGCUGUUAUUGGACACAGUUUUGGCCAAUUAACUGCGUUGUGUAUUAGUGAGGUUCUGUCUUUGAAAGAUGCUCUUCGACUUGUCACCGGGCGUGCUUUUUUGAUGAAGAGCCACUGGGGAUCGGAGGGAGGAUCCAUGAUCUCUCUACAGGCAUCUCUUGAUCAGGUUACUACGAUCAUCGCAACUGUCGACUCUCAACUUGAGAUUGCAUGCUAUAACGGGCCCCAAAGUCAUGUCCUUGUUGGGUCUGCAGCUGCAAUUGAUAAGGUGGAGCAGCUCCUUCAACGAAGUGAAACCCAAUGGGCUAGUAUUAAAUAUAAGCGUCUAACAGUCACCCAUGGGUUCCACUCACGCUUCACCGAGCCACUCUUGUCCGAGUUGGUUGCACUUUCCGAGGAUCUGAUUUUCAAUGCUCCCAGAAUUCCGAUUGAAACAUGCUCGGAGGGCAGCAGCUGGUCCACCAUCACUGCAGCUCGAAUUGCAGAGCAUACGCGAACCCCGGUCUACUUUUCGCACGCAGUACAAAGGUUAGCAGGGCGAAUGGGACCGUCCGUCUGGCUCGAGGCAGGCUCUGGCUCUGGGGUUCUCGGCAUGGUGCGCGGCGCACUGCUCGACAACUCGGAGCAGACUUUCCAGUCUGUUGACCUUCGUGACCCUGUUGGACUUUCAGGCCUAGCAGAAAUCUCCGUCAAAUUAUGGAACCAAGGAGUUGAAAUCACGUUCUGGCCUUUUGACCGUCGCAAUCGUGCCCAGUACUUGGACAUCCUGCUGCCAUCAUAUCAGUUUGAAAAGAAUCGACACUGGCUGGAGUGGAAAGACACUGUUGUUCAGGAAGUCGCAGUACCAGCUCCAGUGACCGCGACUGAAACUCCUCAAUCUGAGCCGGUGCUUCUCUGCCUAAACAGGUACCUUGACACCGACGGAAACGACGCCGAGUUUGCGAUCGAUCCCCGUAGCGAGCAAUAUCGCUUCUUUGUUGAGGGACAUGCUGUUCUUGCACAGCCAUUAUGUCCAGCACCCUUGUACAUUGACCUGGCUGCACAAGCUGCUUCUGAUCUUGCGGGAGAAGGGUGCGGAGUGCCAAGCAUUGAGGACCUGGAAAUUCGGGCGCCACUGGGAGCGGGAGAUCGGCGCAUCCAGCUCGAACUGCGACGCGUUGACCCCACUACGCCAGUCUGGAAAUUCAGUGUCUCCAGUCAUCGGGCCGCGACACCGAACAACAGUGAUAACCAUGCAACUGGAACGGUUCGCUUCUAUAAUGAUGCGACUCGGCUGGCGGAUGACUAUGCUCGUGUCGAGAGCCUUUUGGGUCCAGAACGAUACGAGCGUAUCCCACAGGAGCCGCAUGCUGAGGCACUUCAAGGAUCUCAAGUAUACAAAGCAUUUGGGAAGGUUGUGACUUACCGUCCUUAUUACAAGGGUGUGCGAAGUGUACACGCCUUGGGACGUGAAGUUGUCGGUCGGGUCAAACUUCCUGAACUUCCACCCUCAACAUCUCCCGGUGACGCGGUCAAGAAAAAGGCCGCAAUGAACCCACGCGCAGUUGACAACUUCAUCCAAGUAUCUGGCCUCCAUGUCAAUUGCCUCACCGAGCUGCAAGAAAACGAAGUAUAUGUCUGCACUAAGGUGGACCGUGUUCAAGCACGGGCCCCAAUUGAGGAUAAUGGCUCUUGGCUUGUCUACUCCAGUUACCGGCCCCUGAGCAACAAGGAACUUGUUAACGACAUCUAUGUCUGCGAUGCGGUUUCCAAGUCCCUUGUGUUGUUUGUAUUUGGUGCAAGAUUUACCAAAGUUCAAAUUUCCAGCUUGACACGAGUUCUUGCUAGGGCCAAUGACCGGUGCCCAUCGACGCUAAUGUCUUCACCACCCAGAUCCAUCGCUCCAUCACCUCCACCGACGGUUGCGAAGGGUCUUCAAAGAGCCUUCAAAGCCAAAUCAUCAUCUAGAGUUUCUAAAGCCACUAGCCGCGAUCUUGGAGCAGAGCUUCGAUCUCUCCUCGAGAAGGUCGCUGAGGUCCCGUCGGCAGACAUCCUGGAUGAUGCCAGUUUUGAUGACCUCGGCAUCGAUUCUCUGAUGGUAACUGAAGUGCUGAGCGACAUAAAUGCUGCUUUCUCCGUUUCUAUCACCAUGGAUGAGUUUGCCACCAUGACAGACAUCAAGGCUAUUGUUGUCGCCCUCCAGCGGCUGCUUGGAGUUGGGCCCAUAUCUACCUCAGGAUCCAUUACGCCGUCCGAUACUGAGUCUGAGGAUAAUGUAUUUGAUGACUCACGGCUAGCAACUCCUGAAACCAGCUCUGGAGCCAGCACACCACCUGAAGUAGAAGAGUCCACUGCGGGUCCGAAGGUAGUCAUGCAGUUGAGCAAGCUGUUAGCUACUCACCUGGAAUGCCCUGAACCCAUUGCCUUGGAAGCCAAUCUGGCCAACUUGGGUCUGGAUUCUCUGCUCUGCAUGGAGUUGGCUGCUGAUAUCAAACAGGACCUGGGGGCAGAUGUGGACAUGGCUCGUCUCGAUCAGGAUUCCUCAUUCCAGGACCUCAUCCAGCUAGUCAGUGAGAUCUUGCCUGCGGCUUCAAAUGUUUCGUUAUCUCCCAGAACUCAGCCCCCUCGGGAUGUUGUAGAUCUUGCCCGUCAGACUAGCGCGAAGAUGUCUGACUCUUCUAGCGCCAGGGGCGUUCCCCUCAUUGGAGCCCAAGCCGCUUUUGAAGCGAUUCGUUUUGAUUACGAUAAACACACGCAGAAGACUGGAUUUGCUGAUUUUUGGACCCGAGUCUAUCCCACACAAGCGAGGCUGGUCUUGGCUUAUACGGUCGAAGCUUUUACCCGCUUAGGUUGCGACCUAGCUCGCCUGUCAGCUGGCGAGACUCUCCCAUCUAUAUCUUACCUGCCCAAGCAUGAGCCUUUAGUUCAACAACUUUACAACAUUCUUCGAGAUGGCCAACUAGUUGCCACUGAUGGAAGCAAGCUGGUGCGAACUGACCGGCCGGUCGAUAGCACCCAUUCAACAGUAAUUCUUGAACAAAUCCAGGCCCGCGCACCUCAACAUGUGAUGGAACAUCAGCUUCUUCAUAUGACUGGAUCGAAAUUGGCUGAAUGCCUGAUUGGUACGGCAGACCCAUUGGAUAUUCUCUUCCGUUCAAGGGAGAACCGCACUAUUCUCGAGUCGGUGUACGCCAAAGGGCCGAUGUACGAGGCUAUCUCGGAGCAACUAUGCAGCUUCAUUGACAAGGCAUUCUCGUCCUCGCCAUCAUCCUCGGAGCCUUUUGAGAUCCUAGAGCUCGGGGCUGGUACAGGCGGUACAACCAGAUAUGUAGUUGAGCUCCUCGAAAGGCGGGGAAUACGUUUCAACUACACAUUUAGUGAUCUUUCUGGGUCCCUUGUUGCCGCCGCGCGGCGCAAGUUCGGAUCCAAGCACCCAUCUAUGCGCUUCCAGGUUGUUGACAUUGAGAAGCAACCUUUGGAGGAAGUUCAGGGCAAGUACCAUGCUAUUAUCUCCACCAACUGCAUUCAUGCAACGAAAGACCUGGAGCUUUCUACUCGGCAUAUGCGCCAGAUGCUGCGACCGGACGGAUUUAUAUCGCUAGUCGAAUUCACGCGCAACAUGUACUGGUUUGAUCUUGUGUUUGGCUUGCUCGAUGGCUGGUGGCUAUUCUCUGAUGGACGGCCCCAUGUCCUUGCGUCAGAGUGGUUCUGGGAUGCUAGCAUGCGUCGUGCCGGGUACCAGCACGUUUCUUGGACUGAUGGUCCAUCGCUUGAAUCUCGCACUCUGCGCAUCAUCACUGGCUUCAAUGCACCACCUGAGGAUGCGUCUUUCAUUCCCAAACGAGUACCUAAAGAUGUGGAAACGACAGUGGAGAUUGUUCGCUACAAACAGCAGGGUGAUGUCUCCCUGUUUGCUGACAUCUUCUACCCCGCCUCAUGGGAGCCUUCGGAGGCAAGACCUAUUGCUCUCAUGAUCCACGGUGGUGGGCAUGUCAUGUUGUCCCGUCGGGAUAUUCGUCCUAAGCAGACGCCAACCCUGCAUUCCAUGGGUUUCCUGCCAAUCUCCAUCGACUACCGCCUGUGCCCAGAAACAACAUUGGUUGAUGGACCGAUGUCUGAUGUCUGCGACGCCCUUAGCUGGGCCCGGUCUACUCUUCCCAAUCUGCCACUACUAGCGCAAGGACUGAAGGUUGAUGCGUCCCGCAUUGCCAUCGUUGGUUGGUCCACUGGCGGACAUUUGGCCAUGACUACUGCGUUCACGUCAAUUCAGCGCGGUCUUGCGCCUCCUACGGCUAUCUUAGCUUUUUACUGCCCUACCGAUUAUGAAGAUCCUUGCUGGCAAAGUCCAAACUAUCCAGAGAGCAGCCGAGAGCUAGCUCAGUCGACAGACUAUGAUCUUCUCGCGGGUGUACAAGACCGGCCUAUCACCGGAUACCAGGUCUCAGCAAAGAUGCGAGCUGUAGGUGGCUGGAUGGCGCCCCAGGAUCCGCGCUCACGGAUUGUCCUGCACAUGAACUGGAAGGGUCAGUGCUUGCCAGUUCUUCUUCGUGGACUGCCUGGUUCUGGCCGCGUCUCUGCUGAGCAUGCACGGUCACUUCUCGAGCAAGCUCAGCCUUCGAAGCAGGAAAUUCAAGCGGUUAGCCCAUAUGCGCAGAUUUCGCAGGGCAAAUAUACUACGCCUACCGCUGUGGUUCAUGGAACCGAAGAUGAUCUGAUUCCCUGGGUCCAGAGCCAGCGCACGGUGGAGGCACUCAAACAGCGAGGAGUACGCUCAGAGCUGAUUAUUGUUGAGAAUAAGGUUCACCUCUUUGAUUUGUAUCCUGACUCUGAUGGCAAGGGGGGUGAAGCCCUACGCAAGGCAUAUGACUUUUUAGCUCGAGAAGUCUUUGGCAACUCAAGCUAG